AUGGCUCAAAAGGAGGCAACUAUUUACAUUGUCGACGUGGGCAGGUCCAUGGGCGAACGCCGUCAUGGCCGCUCCGUCACAGAUCUGGAGUGGGCCAUGCAGUAUGUCUGGGACAAGAUCACCACCACGGUUGGAAAUGGUCGAAAGACAGCGAACGUUUCGGUUCUUGCUCUGCGUUCAGAUGACACGUCAAAUGAGCUCCGAGAGGACGCACAUAAUUCGAACAUCUCGGUUCUUUCGAGAUUAGGACAAGUUCUCAUGCCUGAUAUCCGAAGCCUGCGUGAUUCCAUCAAACCCAGCAAUACAAACCGGGGCGACGCCAUUUCUGCCAUUGUCGUUGCUAUUACAAUGAUCAAUGAAUUUACCAGAACGCUUAAGUACAAGCGGAAGAUCGUCCUGGUCACAAACGGUACUGGGCCAAUGAGCGACAAUGGCCUUGAGGAGAUCCAAAAGAAAAUUGUCAGUGAUGGGAUUGAAUUGGCUAUUCUGGGAGCUGAUUUCGACGAUCCGGAGUACGGGGUAAAGGAGGAGGAUAAAGAUCCCCACAAGGCACAAAAUGAGAGCCUGCUUCGCGGAUUCGCUGAAGGUUGCGAGGGGACCUAUGGAACCCUAGAGGAGGCUAUCGCUGAAUUAGAAACCCCUCGGAUUAAAGCCGUCAAUCCCAUGCCAUCUUUCAAAGGCAUGCUCAGACUUGGUGAUUCUCAGAAAUACGAUACAGCUGUACAGAUUCCGGUUGAACGUUAUCCCCGAACAUACGUCGCCCGCCCGCCGUCUGCCAGCUCUUUUGUCCCCGUCUCCAAAACUACACAGGAAGAGGAAGGAGACCAGAAGCCAAGUCAUGGCGAUGCUCUUACCGCUGUGAGAAUGGCACGAACUUACCAAGUUGACGAUCCCUCUGCGGUUGGUGGCAAAGUUGAUGUUGAGCGUGAUGACCUCGCAAAGGGUUAUGAGUAUGGCCGGACAGCUGUCCACAUCAGCCAAAUAGAUGAGAACAUUACGAGAUUAGACACAUUCGCCUGUCUGGAUCUCAUCGGCUUCAUCAGCCAGGACAAGUACGAUCGAUACCUGCACAUCUCCAAUGCUAACAUUAUCAUUCCGGAACGUGCGAAUGAUAAGGCUUCUCUGGCACUGUCGUCUUUCACUCACGCCUUACACCUAUCGUCUUUCUAUGCUGUUGCUCGAAUGGUCACCAAGGAGAAUCGAGCCCCUCUGGUGGUCCUGCUUGCACCGUCCAUCAAUGCAGGUUAUGAAUGCCUCGUUGAGGUACAGCUUCCUUUUUCGGAAGAUGUUCGAUCGUACCAAUUUCCACCGCUGGACAAGGUGAUCACCGUAUCCGGCAAAACUAUCUCCGAGCACCGAAAUCUCCCAAAUCAAGACCUCCAAGAAGCAAUGGAUAAUUAUGUUGAUAGUAUGGAGCUGGACCACAAGGAUGAACUUGGGAAUGAUGUGCUGCCCAUCGAUGAAUCUUUCUCUCCGCUACUACACCGGAUCGAGUCGGCAGUGCGGUAUCGCGCAGUGCACCCAGACAACCCCAUUCUUGAGUCGCCUGAAAUCCUCACCAAAUUCGCACAUCCUGAUGAGGAGCUUGUGAAGAACUCAGCGUCCUCCCUUGAGAACUUGAUCUCUAAAGCGGAUGUUAAGAAAGUUCCUCCCAAGACUAAAGGACGCAAGCGCCAACGCGAAACGGAGAAGCCUCUUUCCGGUCUGGACGUCGACGCUCUUCUCAACCAAGAGCCAAAGCGUGCCAACAUAUCGCCCGAUAAUGCUAUCCCGGAGUUCAAACAGAUGUUGUCCCGUGCAGAAAAUAUUGAAACCAUUAAUGGUGCCGUCAAACAACUAUGUGCCAUCAUCGAAUCACAGAUCAAGAACAGUCUGGGCGACGCCAACUAUGAUCGUGUUGUGGAAGAAUUGGGGACUCUGCGUGACGAGCUGGUUGACUACGAAGAGCCUGCGCUUUACAACGAUUUCUUGCGCUCAUUAAAGUCAAAGAUAUUGCUAGAGGAACUCGGUGGCGAUCGACGAGAGCUGUGGUGGCUGUUGCGAAGAAGCAAGAUUGGUCUUAUUGACCGGAAGGCCUCUGAUCGAUCUGAGGUCUCAGAGGAAGAGGCAAAGGAAUUCCUUUCUCCUAAUUGA